CCAUAAGUAUAAAAGCAUAAUUCAGUCGUGCGCGAGGGCACAUAUCGACGUUUUAGUGACGUAGACGGAGACCUACGUUUCCGUAGCAACUGGGGCCGAUCCGUUAACCGUAGCAGUCGCUGCAUUACCGGAGCUCAUCGAGGAGCUGGGGGGAUUUUCGCCGGUAACCGGAUACCACCUCUGUUUUGUGAGGUGCAGAGAAACGGGUACGACGCAGUAUCGAGGCGUCGAGCCCGCAGUUCCGUGCGGAGAUGCUGAACAUGUGGAAAGUCAGGGAGCUGGUGGACAAAGCCACCAAUGUGGUGAUGAACUACUCAGAGAUCGAGUCCAAGGUGAGAGAGGCCACCAAUGAUGACCCCUGGGGACCCUCUGGACAGCUGAUGGGAGAAAUAGCCAGAUCUACCUUUAUGUAUGAGCAGUUCCCUGAGGUAAUGAACAUGCUGUGGACCCGGAUGCUGAAGGACAACAAGAAGAAUUGGAGACGAGUUUACAAGGCUUUACUGCUGCUGGCCUAUCUGAUCAGGAAUGGAUCUGAAAGAGUCGUCACCAGUGCCAGGGAGCACAUCUACGACCUGCGAUCUCUAGAAAACUACCACUUCAUUGAUGAGAAUGGUAAGGAUCAGGGCAUCAAUGUACGUCAGAAGGUGAAAGAAAUGGUGGAGUUUAUCCAGGAUGACGACAGAUUGAGAGAGGAAAGGAAGAAAGCCAAGAAAAACAAAGAUAAAUACAUUGGAGUCUCAUCUGACAGUAUGGGAGGAGGAGGAGGAGGAGGAGGAGGAGGAGGUGGCAGCUUGAAGAACUCUAAUGAGUUGGAUCGGAGCAAGUGGGAUGAGGACUGGGAUAAGAAUAGAGGAGCGUUCCCCUUUAGUGAGAAGCUCGGAGAGAUCAGCGACAAGAUAGGCAGCACCAUCGACGACACACUCAACAAGUUCAGGAAGAAGGAACGAGACGACUCACCUGACAGAAUCAGUGACAACGAGGAUGACCGAGCAGCAAGAAAUGGUAGGCAGGAAACUGUGGAGUUCAAAGAUGAGGAGGAAACUGUGACAACAAAGAGCAUUCAGAUCACACAGGCGACAGAAACCACAACCACCACCACCACACGGAAACGCAGUGGAACAACAAGCAGCAAGACUCUGGACCUGGGUGCUGCGGCCCACUACACUGGAGACAAGAGCCCAGAGGAGAAGUCAUCAGUCAAGCAGUCUUCUAGUAGCGGUCUAGCUGACCUGUUAGUGAUCGACCCCUCAUCCAAUCAAAGUGCUACAACAGGUGGUAGCUCAGACCUCAUUGGUGGCUUUGCUGACUUCUCCUCUCCUGCGGCCUCUGCCAGCCUCCCAGCCUCCACUGCUGCUGCAUCAGCAAAUGGAAAUGGAGAAUUUGGAGACUGGAGCACUUUCUCAGCCCAGCCAUCUGCUUCGUCUAGCUCUGUUCCCCCCCAGCCCCUCGCUGACCUGUUUGGCAGCGUCCAGUCACCCCCAGCCUCAGCUUCUAAUCCUGCCCCCAUCCCACCCUCUGCUGAGCUGUUUGACCUGAUGAGUGGAGUUAACCAUCAGCUGACUCAUCCACAUACAACACUGAGUGCCUCUCAGAGCAUGACUUUCUCUCUGGGGGGGCCAGCGCCAGGAGCAUCUGUUGCCAUGCCCACGAUGCCCCUUUCCCGCUCUCAACAGAGCUUGGGAGGCACGACAUCUCCGCAGCUGAUAGGUCAACAGCAUAAAGUUGGCGUCGGAGGUCAGGGAUCGUUGGGGUCAACGUGGUCUGACCCCUCUGUCAACAUUAGCUUGGACUUCCUGUCAGCAGGCCUCAACACCACUAAGACGUCACCCACGCUCAACAAUAUCAUCCAACAACAAGGAGUGCCUCCUGUCAACCUGUUGGCCCAGAACUUCGGAGGACUGAACCUCAGCUCCCCGCCUCAUGUGGGACCAAUCAGACCACCAGCCAAUCCUAUGAUGGCAGGCAGUGCCAUGAACAUGGGCAUGCCUCCAUCAAUGGCAACUGGCACGCCUGCUUCUUUGGCAGCCACUAUGCCACCUUCAAUGACCACGGGCGCCAUGGGGAUGGGGGGAAUUCCUGUAAACCAAGGCAUGAUGGGAAUGAACAUGAGCAUAAAUAUGGGCAUGACCGCUCCAAUGAUGAUGGGUGGUAUGCCUGGCAUGGGAGUGCCAGGAGUUGGGAUGGGCCUACCCCAUUCCAUCAGCCCAGCUGUGGUUCCACCCAAACAAGAUGCCUUUGCUAACUUUGGCAAUCUUGGGAAAUAAAGAAGUGAAUGUGUGUGUGUGUGCCUGUGUGUGUGUGCUGAACCACUGAAGGACUGCUGUACUUGAAGACAACUUUGCAUGUUUCUCUCUCUGCUCCUGCUCUAUUUGACGAGGUGGCACCAACGAUCGCUCACCAUCCCAGUCUUUUGACACGAUCUUGGAAAUCAGGGAGCGCGGCCACUGGUGUCCCUCACCCACUGGUGUUGUGUGAGUAUGUACUGUAUGGAUGUCACACAGAGGACACCGGAAGAGCAGGGGAGUUGUCAGUCCACAGCUUGUAGUCAUUACCUUCCUGUGGGGAAAGAAUUUUCAUCUUUACCUGUUUUAUAUAUGAACUGCUGUAUAUUCCCCUUCAAUACAAAAAAAAUCACUGCAAAAUGUUUUUUUCUGUAACAGCACGGAGAAUUAGGGUUGACUCAGAUGAAAAUGGCAUUGUUGCCUUAAUUUUGCAUUGUAGCCUGAGAUGUCGUGUUUUAUAUAAUGUCAACCAAAUUCAGUCACAAAAUUUAAGCCAUUGCAUUAUUGCCAAGGGUCACCUUCUCUUGCUCCUUGUGCAAACAGUGUUACAGUAUCUUUAGUAUGAGGAAUCCAUACUCUGGUCCUCCAGCAGAGGGCAGGAUAUGCAGUGAGAUGACACUUGAAUGGUGCACUUGAGCUGUGUUAGGGUGGAUGAACUGCAUAUUACAUCCUUUUUCUUUUUGUCUCCCCUACCCUAUUUGUAUCAGACUUGUAGCAGUUCACAACAGAUGUAUGAGCGAAGCCUUGAACUGUCACUAAAAUACCGUUGGGCUCUUUAUAUCAUACAAACCACUUUCUGUUACAAUUUGAUACUUGUCCUCUACUUUUCAUGUUGGAUACCUCUGCCUGAUUAAUGCGUGAUGAAAGGGUGAGCAUGUAUUUUAUUCAAACCACUAUUAACUGAUAGUUUCUCUUUAUGUCCCCUGCCAGUGUGUCACUGCAAACAUGCUCAUGUAGGACACCGGACAUUAAGAAAGCACUGCUUUGCAAACAUUUUUCAUCACUUUUUAGUCUCUUGCAUAUCUGGGUCUCACAAGCUAUGUACUAGAAAAUAACCACCCCUACAUUUGACAUGGAUUAAAUAAAUGAAUUGGAUUUUUUCAGUUUUAAUAAAUGAUUUCUAUGGCUAGCUGA